AUGGCGAAGGUUUGCGCUCUUGGAGUGCUUUCUAGUUUUUAUUAUUACUAUCACUAUCAAUGUACAGAUGAUGCAGAAUAUGCUCACAAGUGUCGUGAAAAGGCAGAGGAGUUAUACAUCUACGCUACGGGGCAUCUUGGAUCAGCAAAUUCAGAUUCCGGGAUCUAUAAAAACCCAGUGUACAUGGAUGAGAUGGUCUGGGCAAUGGUAUGGCUAUAUAGGGCAACUAAGAAGGAUUUAUAUAAAGAGACCGCCAUCGUGAGUUACAGAAAACACCAUAUUGGUUGGCAAACGUAUAAGAUAUUCGGUUGGAAGAGCAAGAACGCCGGGGUCGGGGUGUUGCUGUCCGGUAUGGUCAAUGACCGGUUAUCCGCACGUGUCAAAAAACACGUUAAAAAAUUCAUGAACAAGUGGGUGAACAGUAUGCGAAGAACACCGAAAGGACUAGCAUAUGCCAUGGACUGGGGACCACUCAGAGCGUCCGCCGGCACGGCUUUCAUUGGUCUAUUGAUUGCUGAUAGGAUAUCACGUACUAUGACCUACCGGCAAUUUGCAACGCAACAGAUCCACUAUAUGCUGGGGGAUACCGGGAGAAGUUACGUCGUUGGAUAUGGCAAUAAUCCACCUACGAGGCCGCACCACAGAGACAGUUCUUGUCCAGCGGAAGGAUCGUGUAACUGGAGCAACUACGGAAGCCCAAACCCGAAUCCAAUAACGUUGACCGGAGCUUUAGUUGGUGGCCCAGACAUGCGUGAUUACUUUGACGAUGAAAGAGCAAAUAUUCACAAAAACGAAGUUGCAUUGGAUUAUAACGCUGCCUUUCAGAGUGCCGUCGCAGGUUUGAAACAUUUAGAGAUGGAAGCGUGCGGCAAUAUUCUGUACAAGUUGGAGAUUGGAAGUGGCAGUGAUAUAACAAAUAUCUACACCAUCACGACGGGACAG